UGGGUCACUGUGGGUGUUAACACUACGAUCUCACAUAUGCAGUGAAAACACUGAGGUUCCGUGAGAUUCCUAUAGCCUUGAUACUGACACAUAAUAAUUUGCUCGUUAGCUCAUGCCAUGUGAUAAUGUUCUUGGAGCUACUCCCGCCCUAGAAGUUCCUCAUUCCGCCGUAGUGAUUGCUCGUUUUCAGUUUAUCCACAUCCAAUCGAUGUGUGGCGUCAUCAGGGGUGCCAUUAUGACGACUGCCCUAUUAAGAAUGACAGCUCGAGAGAAAGAGAGGGCAAUGGUGAUCCCUCCCAGAGCUUGUGCCGCACUCCGGAGCGCUGCCUCGCAGGAUCAGAACGUACAAUCCCAUCUCUUCUUUCCUCGCAUUUCAAUCCAUUCCUCCUCGGUUUUCUUCAUUCUACGACAGAAUCCUAUAAUCACUUGUAGCCUGCAGUGUCACACACAACGUGCUCUCUCUCCAUAGUAUCGAUUUGGCGUUCGUUCCUUCCACGCGCGUUCGUUUGUUCGUCGGUAAUGGACAACAGAAAGAAGAUAGUGAUGCUCGUGGAGGGAGGUCAACUUGGCACGUCGGUUGGCAAGACCGGUUCUAAUUUCUCCGACGCAGUUGGAAGUCCUGCGCGAGAACCGCAAGGAAAGACCGUCCUCCGGAAUUGUCUGAGUCCGGGUUCCGCAUCCUACUCGCGAGACAGAACAGAAGAGGAAGUGGAGGGCGCACCGGGAAGCUUGCGCUUGGAUAUAAGGCCGGUUAUGUCCUCUUCUACGGAGAAACACGGGAAAGAUCACACCAACAAAGAAGCAAGCAGCUCAGACACUGAGUCAGAUUUCUAUGAGGAAAUUGAUGUAAGCUGCACUCCAGAAAGCAUGGACUACUCCAACGGGAAAGGCCGAAACGGUGACUCCCCCAACCACCCGAGUGACAGCGGCAUGGAUCCCGGAAAGAUGGGUUCGGGCCAGGGCUCUCUUUCCUAUGGAGCGGAUCAGAUGAGGCGGUACAGGACAGCAUUUACACGAGAGCAAAUCGGCCGGCUGGAAAAGGAGUUCUACCGGGAGAAUUACGUGUCCAGACCCAGGAGAUGCGAGCUGGCGGCCUCACUAAAUUUACCAGAAACCACUAUCAAGGUGUGGUUCCAGAACCGUCGGAUGAAGGACAAGCGGCAGCGUCUGGCAAUGACUUGGCCUCACCCCGCGGACCCCGCCUUCUACACCUAUAUGAUGAGCCACGCAGCUGCAACCGGAAACCUCGGUUACCCCUUUCCUUCUCACCUGCCGUUACCGUAUUACUCCCACCUUGGAGUCGGAGCCAGCUCGGCCGCCGCGACCCCGUUUUCUAACCCACUCAGGCCCCUCGACAGUUUCCGUGUGUUGUCUCACCCCUACCAGAGGCCGGAGCUUCUAUGUGCGUUCCGGCACCCAUCCCUGUACCCAAGCCCGGCCCACGGCCUUGGUCCCAGUGGGAGCCCCUGCUCCUGCCUCGCCUGUCACUCGGCUCAAUCAAACGGCCUUUCCCAGAGGCCCACUGGAUCAGACUUCCCGUGCUCCCCAACGAGCAGAACUGACGCGUUUCUCACGUUUACACCGUCGGUGCUGAGUAAGUCUUCGCAGGUGACUUUGGACCAGAGAGAAGAGGUGCCACUAACCAGAUAAAACGAAGAGCGCACAUCCAUGUGUUAAUUGAACUGCAGGUCAGACACGCGCCAUAAGCUUUUGCCAUGAGCUUAUCAAACUAAAAUAAAAAAUAAGAAACAAGAACAGGACACAAACAGCAUGAAUACAAUGAUCACGUGGAGCAGACUCCUCCAUACAAGCAGCGGCAUAAAUGCAGGUACUGCAGCUCGCGCUUUUACGCACCUGCAACAUUUCUGAAAAGGAGAUGAGCAAGCUCGGGUUGCACAAAUUAGGCUACAACCAGUUUGUAAGCUAUGUUUUCAAGAACCAACGCGAUGAUCGCACACACAAAUAUAGUCUAUCCACUGACAAAUACAUUUCGGUUGCAAAACCCCAUGCGGACUAUAACAUUUUAGAAGAGUGGACAAAACCCCCAUCUGAUUCAUCGAAGAUUAAUUUGGUACAAGGAAAGCGAGAGCCCGUUCGGACUGGGAUUUACAGACAAACGUUUAUCCCCAUGAUGGAUGGCGAUAACGGUUUAUCAUUAUUUGUAGGCUCUUCACAUGUCCAAAUUGACCUAGGCGACAUGUAUUGUUAGUUACACAAGAAUGAUGUUUUCCAUCUACCUUUUAACAAGGGAAUUUGUUAACAGACUGCGUCGUCUCAUUAUGUCUUAGUUCCUGCUUGACUCUCCCUUUUUGACGGGCUGAGGCCGAAAUGUGCAGAUGCUGGUAAAAUUAGUAAGUUAUGUAUAUGUACUUGGUGGAUGAAUUUUGAGUGUUGAAUUAAUGAUAGGCCUAAUACCGGCGGAGCGGAGAGGCCGGGAAGGGAUUGUUGCUGCCAAACGGUAACAAGGCGCCAGGGGAACGGAUUAGCUCGCGCUGUCUUGACGGGGGAAGAGGAGUAGAGGCGACGGGAGUCUAAGAGGACGAAGAGAGAGGGGGAUAGAGAUGGAACGUGGGAAGAGAGAGAAGCCAUUGGACAAGCAAAUUAGGCCGAGUUCGCUCGAGCUGCCCAUCUCAUAUACCCUUGACUGAACACUUGCCACCACCUCUCCUCCCCUACUUCCAGUCAACUCUUCCCCAUCCUCGUAACCCUCCGCCAACGUUCAUCCUCAGAAAUAAUGCUUGAAUAAAUGCAUUUAUAACGACUGAAUCUGAUACGAUAACCCUUAUAUUUAUUUUUAAAAUAGUUUGGGGAAACUUGAUUAUUACAUCUUUCUUUAUUUUUCUCUUUACGCUGUUACUGAAAUACUAUUUCAUCGAAAUAACCUGUCAUUUUUUUAGGGAUAGGCCCUAUUACUACAAAAAAAUGCUGAAGAGUGCAAAUUCAUUAAAUAAAAUAACUAU